AUGCGAGUCAAUCAGGACGAGAAAGAGUUCUCUGAGUGGCUUCUCAAGGUCGGGGAAAGUCGUCCAGAAUCAGGACAAGAAGAUGAGGGUGAUGGCUACCAUGACCAAAUGAUAACCGUCGAAAACUCAUUGGUACAAGAGACUAAGGAUGAGUCAUUAAAACAAGUUGUCGAUGCUGCGUAUGGUGAUGUCAACCAAAUAGAGGCCUCCCAAAGUUCCUACACUGAUAAAGCUAUACUUACACCGCGAAAUGAUACAGUCGAUGAAAUUAAUGCAUAUACAAUCUCCAAAACCGGCUGGGAGUCAAAAGACUACUACAUUUACGAUAGCUUUGAGGUUUUAGAAACUCAAUCUAACCAAAAUGAUACAUUAUACGCCAUUGAGUAUCUCAACUCCAUGGAGUUUCCAGGCUUGCCAUCCCAUAAACUCACUCUCAAAGUUGGGGCCCCGAUUAUGCUUCUGCGAAACAUAAAUCAAACAAAAGGAUUAUGUAAUGGUACCCGUAUGAUCCUGAUCCACAUAGGCGAAAGAGUGCUUAAGGCAAAUAUAAUUACUGGUUCACACAUUAGAAAAGAAGUUUUGAUCCCAAUAAUUGUCCUCUUGCAUGAGGAUACAAAGCUACCGUUCACUUUACGUCGACGAAAAUUCCCUAUCAGAUUGUGUUAUGCAAUGACAAUCAACAAAAGCCAGGGGCAGAGCUUAAAAGAUGUUAUCCUAUAUCUACCUAGACCGGUCUUCGCACAUGGUCAGCUCUACGUGGCCCUCUCACGUGUAACAAGCAAAGAAGGACUAAAAUUCAUCAAAGGCGAAGACUCACACAAACAAAAAGUGAAGAACAUAGUCUACAAAGAAAUCUUCAACCGUCUUCUUCCCAUGAGAGUAAGUGAUAUUGAAAACUCAGAAUCUCAUUGA